AUGAAUUUACAGCCCCUACUCCGAACUCGGGCCAUCGAAACACAGUGUUAUGUGAUCGCUGCUGCUCAGACGGGAAAGCAUAACGACAAGCGGUCAUCAUACGGUCACUCGAUGGUAGUUGACCCCUGGGGAGCUGUGAUAGCGCAGUGCUCGGAGAGAGUCGAUAUGUGCUUCGCUGAAAUCGAUCUUUCAUAUGUCGCUGAACUUCGCAAGAUGCAACCAGUUUUUGCUCACCGACGACCUGAUCUCUACACCUUACACGUUAAUGAGGAAGAUGACGAUGAUUCUCCGUUAAUGUUUGCUGAGUUUCCGAUUGCUGCUGAAUCAAUAUUCUAUCGAUCAGCUCUUUCCUUUGCAUUCGUCAAUUUGAAGCCUGUGCUAAAUGGACGUUAG